AUGGCUACCGUGGCCCUCACUGGAUUGCCUACCGAACUGCUUGACAAGAUCAUCCCGCAUGCCUUGCCAGAGGGUUUCGAGAGCCUGGCAUUGACCUGCAAGGGAAUCUACGCACUAUGCACACCAUUUAUCGAGCACCACAACAAACUCCGCUCGCACUUCCAAAACUUCAAUUACUGCGAAAAAAUUACUGACCCAUCUUUUACCAUCAGAACAGCGUGGGAUCUGAUCAUACGCAUCGCUAUCGAGCCUGUUGUGGCACGAUACAUUCGAGAUGCCGACUUCAAGAUGGACAGCUUCUUCUCUCGCAGCAGAACCCGUGAUAUGGUAGCAGAUGUCGCAGAUCCUCAUUGUGGUGAAGCUGUCGUCAAACUGCUUGCCAGUUCUCCCCACCUAGAGCAAGCAGGUCUCGGCUGGAAGGAAUUCCAUACCGAAAUCGAAGAGGAUCUUGAAGAGAGGCGCUACUCACAACAUGCUGCUGCAUUUCUUCUGACGCUCCUGCCCAACGUCAACAUUCUCACGCUACCAAAGUCAUGGAAGCCGAUUAACGCAACCGAUAAGCUUCUCGAUGUCAUUGUUCGCGAGGCCAAGCUGUCACAUCUCCCUUGGGACAGACCUACCCUCGCCCAGGUCACCAGAUUUGAGCCAUCUGUCUCGUUAGGACCCGACGACCGAUUUGACUUGAAUAAAGCGGUUCCCUUCCUGGCCUUGCCGCACGUGCGGUCGUUCCGCGGCCCCAGUUGCGUAGCCAUGGGUGACGCCCCUCUAGCAAUCGCAUCCAGAGACCCGUACCGUGACUACGGUGUGACCCUUGAGGUGGUUAAUCUCGUGAGCUGUUGUAUCGGCGAGGCGGCUAUUGCCGACUUUCUCAAACACACCCCUCGUCUUAAGACGCUUAGGUACUCGCAUACAACAAAAGCGGAUGGUGAUCCCCAGGACUGGGAUAUCUGCAAAUUCGUCACGGCUAUUGAGCGGGAGGCCGGGAAUCACCUCGAGGAGCUUUCUGUCUCCAUUCGCGAACUACGCGGCUCAAUCCCUCCUGGCAAGGCAUCGAUGCGCGGCUUUCAGCGUCUGCGGAAGCUCGAAUUCCCUCUCGAAAUUGCGAUGUGUAAUGUUACUUUCGCUACCUCGAUGGACCACGCACUGGACUGUAGUGAGCCAUUCAUCGGUGACCUUGUACCUGCUUCAGUCUCUCAGCUGUCAUUGACCUCAAGCGGAAAAGACCACCAUGAGAAAGCUCUCGAUGUCAUGUUUCGCCACUUCGGCCCCAAGAAGGAUUCUCAGUUGCCUGCUCUCAAAGAAAUUCAUCUGUCCUGCCCUGCAAGUCCAAGUGCAGACGAUGCGUACAAGGAACAGUGUGCAAAACUUGUUACGGAGAUCGAGAAGGUGGGCGUGGUUUUACAGUUGAAGCCGUGGCCGUCCUCAGUCACUAUAUCAUGGGGUGGAGACUAG